AUGGAGUCCUCGGGCGACAAGCCUGCAAGUGAGCCAGAGUUGGAGGAUUAUGGCACUCUGAAGUAUCAACUGCUUGGCCCGUCUCUGACGAAAGCGGGUCAGGAUUCGGUUGAUCAGCAAAAGGUGUCGGAAAUCAUUUACAAUGCCUCCAAAGGCUCCAAGUUCUUUAGUCAUGAACAAGACCGUGAUCGAAAUCUAACGCUUAAGAUUGAACGAAUCCUGAAAGAAAAAGCCCGGCUAGAACGAUUAGAUCUGAGCCAUGAGUUACGACGUGCAGAUGAAUACCUGGCCGAGCUGGAGUUGAGUCGCGAUCUCUCCCAGCAUAUCAUUCAUGUCGACUGUGACGCGUUUUUCGCCGCCGUUGAAGAGCUGGACCGACCAGAGUUGAAGACGGUACCCAUGGCAGUUGGCAAAGGCGUUCUAACGACCUGCAACUACCUGGCAAGAAAUUUUGGUGUCCGCAGUGGUAUGGCUUCAUUUGUCGCGAAGAAGUUAUGUCCACAGCUUGUUCUUCUGCCUCAAAAUUAUGAAAAAUACACCGCAAAAGCUAAGGAAAUCCGAGCCAUCAUGGCCGAGUACGAUCCUCUCUUUGAAAGUGCAAGUAUCGACGAAGCCUAUCUGAAUAUCACUGCAUUCUGUGAUGAGAAUCAGAUGGAGCCAGCAGAAGCUGUCCAGCGAAUGCGCGCACAAAUCUUAGAAACUACCAAAGUGUCUGUUUCUGCUGGAAUCGCCGUUAACGCGAAAAUCGCUAAGAUCUCUUCGAAUAUUAACAAACCCAAUGGCCAAUUCCAGGUUCCCAAUGAGCGUCAAGCAAUCAUGGAAUUCAUGCGGGAUCUCCCAGUACGCAAAGUCAACGGUGUUGGCCGAGUAUUCGAGCGAGAGCUGCAAUCAAUCGGCGUCGCGACCUGUGGAGAUAUCUACCCAAAUCGUGCAUUGUUGACCAAGCUAUUUGGAGAAAAGGCUUUCCAAUUUUUGGCACAAUGCUACCUUGGCCUGGGGCGCACCAAGAUUGAACCCGUGGAAAACCAUGAACGCAAAAGCGUCAGCACAGAGACUACGUUCCAUGAAAUCGGAGACAAAGAGGAACUUCGAGCAAAGCUCUGGUGGGCUGCACAGGAACUAGAAAAAGACCUCACGCGAACUCAGUUCAAAGGCCGCACACUCGCCCUGAAAGUCAAACUCCAUACUUUCGAAGUGCUAACCCGCCAGACAGCUCCAUCUCGCCCGGUGUGUAUUGCAAAAGACUUGUACACAUUUGCUCUACCGAUGCUAGCAAAGCUUGAGAAGGACAUUCCGGGUAUGAAACUCCGGCUUCUUGGGUUGCGCUGCUCAAACCUGGUCAGCACGCAGAAAGUAGGAAUCAACUUUUUCGGUGUUUUUACGCAGCCAAAACCCACCCCAGAACCUAGUUCGGAAUCUACUCCGACAGAAAAGGCAGAUCAUGAGAUUGACGCCGAAGAGGCCUUUGAAUCAGCCGCUCGCCAGGAAAUCCAAGAUGAGAUGAACGACUUGGAGACCCUUAGUCAAGAAACACCAAAUGUCCCUGUCGUCCGCGAGCCAGAGGAACCCGCAGUCCCCGAGAAAUCUACGUCUGAGACAGUCGAGCCACCUCCCAUGUGGGACUGUCCAAUUUGUUCCCGGCCCCAAAUUGCCGAUGAUCGCAUCUUCAACGAGCAUAUGGACUUUUGUCUCUCUAGACAGACAAUACGUGAAGUGGUGCAGGACAAUACAGAAGAACCAACACCCUCGAUACCCGCAAACAGUCGGAAAAGAAAAACACCGCAGACUAGUCCCCCUGAAACGGACCCAAAACAGAAGCGACUCUUCUUCCAAUGA